AAACGAAUCUUUUUUUAGCCCGAUUAUAGUUUCUUUCAUUUUAUUAAAAACAUAUACGACACGUGAGAUUUGACAUGAUUUCUCCCUUUAACUCUACAGCUUAAGAAGAUGCUUGACCUUCUGGUGCAUGCUUCUUCCUGCCGCGUUUCCCAUUGUCAAUAUCCAAACUGUCGCCAGGUUAAGGGGCUUUUCCUCCACGGUAUGAAGUGCAAAAUACGAGCUGCAGGAGGCUGUGAUCUCUGUAAGAAGGUGCAUGCUCGUACAUGCGAGGAAUCUGAAUGCCAUGUUCCACGUUGCAGAGAGUUGAAAGAAACUAAGCAGAUGAUCAUGAGGCAGCAUGGUGCAGAGGUUGCAAGCGGUUCUGGGUGAAGAUAUUGUACAUAGCUUUCCUUUUAACUAAAGGUUGCAGUGUGUGUGAGAGGGCGGUCUAUAUUUUGUUUAGUGAAAUUGUUUUAUUCUGUUCUAUUCCAUUGAGUUCUUAAACUGCAUCGUGGUUCUCUGGAUGUUCUUAUUUAAACAUGCAAGAGUUACAAGUAGCAUUGCUUCUGUUUUGCAAGCAGAAAAUGUCCACUGUGGGUGUGUUUUGUGUUUGUUUGGUAGAAGUUUCAAAAAACGCUUUCUCUGUAAAAACAAGUUCCUUAAAAAUGAGAAAAAUGAAUUUCCUAAUGGAAGUAUAACC